AUGGCUUACAAACAAACCAAUCCUCUUCCAACUCCCAAGUCUGACGAUGCUGUCCUCUCCAUCGCAGCCUUUGAGACGGGCUGGAUGCAAAUAAAGGCGUCGACAGCCAUUGCCGGUUUGAAAGGUUUGAACUAUGCUACUUCCUGGAGAUUCUUCAUCCAACACGCACCUUCGAAUACGAAGUUUUGGUUUGAUUUGGGGGUUUCUCACGACCUUUCGAUGUAUCCUCCUAGAGUUCAGCGAGUGCAGCACAAGGUCUUUGUUACGACUCCAUCUGAGCGCGACCCUGCGCAGGAUGUCAUUUCCAUAGGCGCAGACCCGAAUGACGUGAAAUAUAUUAUAGCAAGGUACGGAUUAUCAUACUAUUUCACGGGCGAGAUAAUUCUUCAAUUUUUGACAGCUUCUCUGCCUAGCCAUGCUCAUUGGGAUCAUAUAUUCCCCGCUGCCAGCUUCUUCCCCAAUGCCAAAGUGCUCUGCGGUGCAGGCACGUUGGAAUGGGCAUCUAAAAGUUGGCCCUCUGAAGCUGACAGCACUUUUGACGGACGUAUAUGGCACACAGAGAAAGCCGAAUUACCGAUAGAAGAAGUCUCAUCUCCUUCAACUGAACCGGAGAAGUGGCAGCCUCUAGGCCCGUUCAAAAACGCAUAUGAUUUCUUUGGAGAUGGCAGUUUUUGGUUGAUUGAUGCACCAGGCCAUUGCCCCGGGAAUUUGGCCGCCCUGGCCCGUGUGAAGCGUAAAGAUGGUAAGGUCAAAUGGGCGUUUCUGGGCGGUGAUUGUUUCCAUAGUAGUCUGUUCGUUGAGUAUCCAGAAGCACCGUUUGGCAAAGGGGUUAAGGUCACUCCGACAGAUACGUAUCAUGAAAAUGAAGACGAGGCAAGGGAGAUAAUCAGACAGGCUGCUGAAUUAAAGAAAGGGGAAGGAGAGAACGCCCUAAUCUGGAUCGCACAUACGUCCACUCUGGAGGAUAUUUGGAACUUCUGA